AUGAGUCCCGGCCACAUCCGGACCCAACCUCAGGACCUGCAGCAGAACCACAUCACUAUUCGUACAUCGGUGCGCUCGUAUCUGCCUGGACAGCUGGUUACAGUGACAGUCCGAAGCUCUCGGGACUUCAUGGGUUUCCUGCUGCAGGCCCGCAGUGGUGACGAUUCCCAAGUCAUGGCCGGAAUCGCAGGUGGGGCAGGGUCCCCUGCAGAGGGUCCGGUUCUGGUGCGCGGUUCCUGGACCCUUGCUCCGCCCGGGACGCACACACUGCGCUGCCUCUCGGAAGGCGACACGCUCACCCACUCGGAUAAACAGCUGAAGCGAAACCUGUCGUUUGUGUGGAGGGCUCCUGAUGCACCCGUGGGAGACAUUCGCUUCUAUGUCACAGUUGUUCAGUCGUACUUUGUUUACUGGGCGGGGAUCAAGUCUGCAGUGGUGCGUGAUGGGAGUCAAAGUCUUUGGACUGGCAGAAACACGACAAGAGCAGAGACAGAAGGAUCAGUUUUUGGUCCCCGUGAUAGGAAUUUUACUCCGGUGCCAGCUCCACUGAGCACACCAAGCCAACCCACUGGUUCUACUCCAUUUGGAAAACUAAACUUUACUCCCAAAACGGUCUGGAGCACAACUGCGAGUCCAGUGGCGCUCGCAGGGAACCAACAGGGCCAGGGGUUUGGUAAGAACAGCUACUCACAACUUCAACAUUCAAGAGGUCUACCAAGUGACCGCUACCCGGACUUAGGAUCUUUGGCUGAAGAGUCAAGCAGUGAUCCUUCCUCAUCGCACCUUCCUUUCAUCACCCCGUUCCCACCAGAUGAAGGUAUAGAAACGUUGUCCACUUUUGCACCGAAUGUCCUUCUUCACUCCCUGACCCCCCUCAGAAAUUGGAAGGAUACAGAAACAAGGAUGUCAACACCAAAUCCACGACGACCUCCAGAAAAUCACCGCGUCCUUUACACGAGGCCCUCAGUGCCGACAUUCGAUAAAUCUACAGGACCACGAAAUGUUACAGCAAGCGUAGAGGGCAAGUAUCCAGAAAUUGUGCCCAGGCAUAGCUCUUGGGAGCUGGGGAUGCUGCUGGGCUGUUCGGCCGGCCUGGGAAUGGCGCUGGUGGUCGGCGUGCGCUACGUGUACAGACAGGCCUGCGGGAAACGCACCGAGAUCACACUGCACGACCGGGAAAGAGAUUACGGGAGAGGCGAGCGAGGGAUGAUCCAUGUUCAGGAGUGUGGCGAUUUGGUCCGAGUCCGUCGAAUCCGAGAGAACAGCCUGGUGCUUCUUGCCGAGUACGACAUAUUAGCAUCGCCUGGAGACUGAGAUGCAAUCCAGUGUGGGAAACAAAACAGUUUGGCGACUCAUUUAAUUCCAGUUUUUUUGUUGUUGUGGAAAAUAGAUGAACUUUUCAGAUUAUUUCUGUAAACCCAUGCUUGAAAAGACAAAGUGGCAAAAGUAGAGUGGCACUAAAAGUAGAAACUCUUUGGUUGUAGAUGGAGAAAUGCUUUGUGAAUGUUCAUAGCGUCGAACACAUGAAAAAAGACAAAUUCUGCCUAUGGGUUCAUGUUGAGUCAUCAUCACUUGGAUUAAACAUUCAAGGCUACAAAUCAUAUUAAAUACAACAUAUUCUAGCCCCAAGACUCUUGUAACAAGAUCAAAACUAUUGUAACAAAGUUCGCAUUUCCUCUCAGUAGUGAAA